AUGCUGCCUCGCCACACGCGAGCAGGCGCCUACGACCUGCCGGGCUCCGAGUCCGGCGCCGUCCCGCUCGUCGGCUACCGGAUCCUCACCGGCGACGGCGGCCCGUCCGACCCCGCCGAUAUUUGCGCAACUCCACAGGUGGAGUCUUCGCCCAUGAAGAAGACCACGUGGUACUGUCCGUUGGAUGCGUCCACAGCGGCGGCGGAAGAGGAAGAGCAGGAAGAGGACGGCAUCAUCUACACGGUGGCACUCAAACAACCUCCCACGGUAAGAUGCGUUCGUCGCCGACAGUAUUGCGUGAAGGCGGGCACGGAGGAGAAGUUGGCGCUGCAUCUUCUGAGCGCCUUCGCUCUGGGUGACCCGUCCUACGUAGCCGUCUUCCUGGCGACCUAUCGCUCCUUCACCACCACCCAGAAAGUGUUGGACGUCCUGACCGAUAGGUUGGAGCGGCCGCCCGGAGAGGACGAGGGCCGGCAACAGCGGGAAUCCUUCAACAGGGCUGCGCGCUCUGUGUUUAGCGCGUGGCUAUCGGAGUACCCCGAGGACUUCGUGGCCCUGAAGGAGCCGUCGCGCCUCCUGCGACUGGCGCCGCUUCUCCCUCCGGAGCCGCCGUCCGCCGCCCGGCUUCGCGCCGCCGUCCUGCGCCUGGCCGAGGAGCUCAGCGAGAAAGAGCUGCUGCCGGACGGCCGUACAGACGCCGAGCUCUCCGGCGCCCCGGCGGCGGACGCGUGCGGGUUCGAAGCCGGCGCCAUCCUGGGCUUCCCGUCGGCCGUGAUCGCGGAGCAGCUGACUCGCAUCGAGACGGAUCUGUUCGUGCGCCUGGUUCCGUACCACUGCCUGGGCUCGCAGUGGUCCCAGCGCGACAAGAAAGGUCGCGAGGGCGCCUGCGGCUCCGUUCGGGCCACCGUCCGCCAGUUCAACCGUCUGGCUAACGCCGUGCUGGCGUCGUGCUUGAAAAGCGGUCGGCGCACGGUGCGCCUGCUGGAGAAGUGGAUCAAAGUGGCGCAGGCAUGUCGCGAGCUGAAGAACUUCUCGUCGCUGUACGCCAUCGUGUCGGCGCUGCAGAGCAACCCCAUUCACCGACUAAGGAAGACCUGGCAGGACACCGACAGGGAGGCCACUCGGAAGUACGAGGAGCUGCGUGACAUCUUUUCAGAGCGGGACAACUACUCUCACAGUCGAGAGUUGCUGAAGGAGGAGGGCACCUCCAAAUACGCCAACCCGGACCACCGGCACAAACACGGCACCGGGAGCGCGGCGCGCGGCACAGUUCCAUACCUUGGCCUUUUCCUGACCGACCUGACCAUGCUGGACGCGGCCGUCAAGGACCGACUGGAGAACGGCUACGUCAACUUUGACAAGCGGCGGCGGGAGUUCGAGGUCCUGGCGCAAAUCCGCCUGCUGCAGUCGUCGUGCAAAAACAGCGUCUCGGUCCCGGACCGGGCCUUCCUGCGCUGGUACCGCAGCGUACCCACGCUAACCCAGGAGCAAAGUGACGCGCUGUCAAAUGAAAUCGAAGCGCCCGGCGAAGCGGCAGCGACAGCGCCGGUCGUGGUGGUCACGGAGUGUCCCGAGUAAGCCCGGGUGGGCGGGCGGGCCGGCGGCGUUCCCGACCCCGACGCGACCGUCGACUUAUCCUCGCCCGUCAACAGCUUGAUCUCCAAACUCACUAAGCACAUGCGAUCUCCGUCGGUGUCGUGCUUAGACGUGGACACGUCGUCGCCGCCCGCGGCGCCGGCGUCCCCCGGAACGGCGGCCAAGUGCCACCGCCGCUCCGUCUCUUGCGGCAACAACACCGCGGGUUCCGCCGCUGCCGGUUCGGGGCCCGACAUGCGCAUCGUCAGGAUCCGCAUGGAUCUGCAUGAUGGAAACCUGUACCGCAGCAUCCUGGUGACGAGCAACGACAAGACGCCGGUCGCCAUCCGCUCGGCGCUGGAAAAGCACAACCAGGACCCGUCGCAGGCGUCCUCGUACGAGCUGCUGCAACUUCUGCCCCAGGGAAAAGAGUUGCUGAUCCCGUCCACGGGCAACGUCUUCUACGCCAUGACGCCGUCCAGCGUGGACUUCCUGCUGAGGAGGAAAGCCCCGUCGGAAAGCCCCGCCCCUCCUGCCACGUAUCCGCGAAUCAAGGCCAAGGGGAGGAGACUGGCCAGAACGCUCUUUUGA